AUGCUAUUCGCAGGGAACAUUCAGCUCUCCUCAGAGUCAGAAAUGAGGAUGGUGCUUUUGGGAUGUAAGAGAGCUGGGAAAAGAUCAUCAGGAAACACCAUUCUGGGAAAUGACGAGUUUGACCGUAGAAGAACAGUUCAGAGUGUGAAGAGAAGAGGAAAAACAGCAGGGAGACAGGUCACUAUAGUUUACACACCAGGCUGGUGGGCAAACCUGCCUUUGUCUGUGAAUUCACAACUGUUUGAACAAGAGCUAGUCCUAGGCAUGUCCCGGUGUUCACCAGGACCCCACGCUCUGCUGUUGGUCAUAAGGUUGGACAGCUAUUUUGGAGAUGAUGAGAGAUUGGCAUUUGAGGAACAUCUGAAUAUGUUUGGUGACAAAGUCUGGGAUCACAGCUUAGUACUGUUCACCUUUGGUGACCGUCUUAAAGAGAGAUCCAUCGAAGAGCACAUAGAGCGUGAAGGAGAUGCUCUCCAGUGGCUUGUUGAGAAAUGUGGGUACAGGUAUCAUGUUCUCAACAACAAGAACAGAUCAGAUAAAACUCAGGUCACUGAACUGCUGAAGAAGAUAGAGCAGAUGGUAGCAGCAAACAGUGGAUGUCAUUAUGAGAUAGAAGGAGAGAAAGUGAAGGAAGUAGAAGAGAAGAGGAGAGCAGAUGAAAAAAAUGCAUGUGAGAGGAAAAUGAAGACUGAAAAACACAGAGAGAACCUGAGGGCACAAAUAGGUGAAAAGUCUAACUCAGAGUUGAGGAUUGUGUUAGUGGGGUAUAACUCAUCUGGGAAAACUUCAGUUGGAAACACCAUUCUGGGCAGAGAGGAGUUUCACUGGCAGAGAACCUCAAAGUGUGUACCAAAAAACGGACAAGCGGCUGGGAGACCAGUGGUUGUCGUUGACACACCAGGCCGUAGAAGACAUUUUCGUGUAAAAGACACCCCUGAAAUUUACAAACAGGAGGUUAUUCACAGUGCAUUCCUGUGUCCUCCUGGACCGCAUGUUUUCCUCCAUGUCAUACGUGUUGACGUCUCAUAUAAAGAGAUACACAGACAGGCUGCACAACAACACCUGGAUCUGCUUGGGGAGGAUGUAUAUAAUCACAUUAUUAUCGUUUUUACCUUUGGAGAUUGGUUGGGAGACGUACCCAUUGAACAGCACAUAGAGAGUGAAGGAGAUGCUCUCCAGUGGCUGGUUGAGAAAUGUGGGAACAGGUAUCAUGUUCUGAACAACAGAAACAGAGCUGAUAAAACUCAGGUCACUGAACUGCUGGAGAAGAUAGAGGAGAUGGUGGCACAAAACAAUGGACGUCAUUAUGACGUAUUCAGAGAGGCUUUACUGAAGAGAGAAGAGGAGAGGAAAGCAGCAGAAAGACGUGCAAAAGACAGGAGGGAGAAAGUACAGAAAAAGAGGAAUGAACUAAAAAGGUCACUGGGUAAGCAUGUGCUUUCAGAGAUUAGAUUAGUGCUUCUUGGACACAGCAGAACUGGAAAGAGCUCUUCAGGAAAUACCAUUUUGGGUAGAGGGGUGUUUGACCUGAGAAGAAGUACCCAGUGUCUGAGGAGACAAGGGGAAGUUUCAGGGAAACAGAUCACUGUGGUUGACACACCAUGCUGGAGGAUGUGGAAGGAGGACCCAAUGAAAGGACCUGAUGAAGAUGUGCAGGCAACAGUGAAAAGUGUGCUGAUGUGUCCACCAGGACCCCAUGCUUUUCUCCUGGUCCUGGGCUUGGAGGCCUCAUUCAAAGAGAAAGAGAGAAAAUCAAUAGAGGACAACAUGGGUGUUUUUGGUGAAAGCGUCUGGAGUCACACCAUGGUGGUGUUCACAGGUGGAGAUCGACUGGGAGACACAACCAUCGAACAGCACAUAGAGAGUGAAGGAGAUGCUCUCCAGUGGCUUGUUGAGAAAUGUGGGAACAGGUAUCACGUUCUGAACAACAAGAACAGAUCUGAUAAAACUCAGGUCACUGAACUGCUGGAGAAAAUAGAGGAGAUGGUGGCACAAAACAAUGGACGUCAUUAUGAGACAGACAGAGAAUCUUUAAUGGUGAUGUCACAGAGUCGGCAGGAGGACAUAAACUGGAGCAGAGAGAAGCUUGUGCAUGGUGCUCACAGACCAGUCCCAGAUCUGGAGCACUGGUUGGAGUCAAUGGUAGGACCAGCUGAUGAUGAUGUUCCUGUUUUUGGCUAUGGGAGGAAAACGGACCGACCCAAAGUAAUCACAGAGAAGGUGCGCAAACACCAUGUGGAAAGGAACCGUGGCCGGGAAUCAGACCCAGGACCUGGUUCUGGCCCUCCCCCCGGCGCGAGGAAGACUUACGAGAGCGGACGCAGACGGAGCGGACACGCCCCUCUCGGGAUGCGGCAAAUCCAAGCUGGCGUCUCCCGCGCCAUUAAACCUUUAGUGUUUGCCUCGGUCGACUCCCGAGUCCCGUGCGAGCCGCGACGGGGAAACGGUUCUCUGCAUGGAAGCCUGGGGUUACCGUAG